GGGGAUGAAGCUCCUGCGAAGUGUCCUCUGCAGGUCCCACAGCUGUGAGAGGCCCCUGAUUCUUACUCCCCUCUGAGGGAGCUUCUGGUGUAGGACCUGAGCACCCCCUCCUCUCUCCAGCACAGAUUCCCUUCAGUUCCUCAUACACAGUGGGGGCCACUUAGUCGCCCACAUCCAGGGUAGUCAGGUGGACUAGGCUGGGCAGAUGAAGUGUCAUGUUAGCGCCAAGGGACUCAGCUCUCAACUGCAGCUGUCUUCUCUGAGCCUGUUUGCCUGGCUCCAAAACGGUAACUACACUUGUCUAGUUCUCUCCAGCAGGUAGGCCUGUGACCCAGAGGAAUUGCUGGACUCAUGGUCAGCUGGGAGUGUAAGGCACACCCCAUUCCCUGCUGCACACUCUCUCCCUCUGCACUAGAGUGGUGGCCUGGCCUCAUUUUCCCUUCGCAGGCCGGGCACCCGAGUAAACACGCUUCUUUGGUCUACUGAACCUGGCAAAGAGGCUCCCAUUCCUGGAGGCCAGGACUUGGCCCGCGCACCUGCCGGCGGUGAUCGGCCUUCUAAGAGCGGGUCCCGGGGCUCGCGCGCCGCACUGUCACUGCCCUGUAUCCCGAUUCACCGCCUCUCGUGCGUCCUCCGGCGCUCGGUGUCUCUGCGCAGGAGAGUCCAGGUAUUCUCAGCGGCUCCAAGUCUUGGAGGUGUCGGCUGGGGCCCGCGUGUCCCGGGCGGGGCAGUGUCCGGGAUGGGGCGGGACGUUAGGCCCCACCCCCGGCCCCGCCCAGAGCCCGCUCCCAGGCAGCAGGGCACCCGGGUGCAGAGAAGUAGUCUGGCGCCCACGGGCUGAGCGCGGCGCUGGCCGGAAUGCGCGCCCGCCAGUUUCCCCGGCUUCCGGGCCUGGGCUCGGCGAGACCCCAUGGCAGGUAGCAGUGCCCUGGGUGGCGGGGCCGGGGGUGGCCAGAGCGCGGGUCUCGGGCAGGGGGCCACGCUGCGGGGGCCUCGCGCGCCGCUGCUGCUCGUGGUUCUAGCGCUCGGCGCCUACUGCCUCUGUGCCCUCCCCGGCCGCUGCCCUCCGGCUGCCCGCGCCCCCGCGCCCGCCACCGCGCCCACCGAACAGUCCCGCGUUGGCCGCCGCCCCGGAGCGCGGGAUCUGCCUGUGGCCAGUGGCUCCGGCCACCGGCGCUUCCCGCAGGCUCUGAUCGUGGGCGUGAAGAAGGGCGGCACGCGCGCAUUGCUUGAGUUCCUGCGUCUGCACCCCGACAUCCGUGCGCUCGGCUCCGAGCCCCACUUCUUCGACCGGUGCUAUGAGCGCGGCCUCGCUUGGUACCGGAGCCUGAUGCCGCGCACUCUGGAAGGGCAGAUCACUAUGGAGAAGACCCCCAGUUACUUUGUGACUCGAGAGGCCCCCUGCCGCAUCCAUGGCAUGUCCCCAGACACGAAGCUGAUUGUGGUGGUGCGCAACCCCGUGACUCGUGCCAUCUCUGACUAUGCCCAGAUGCUCUCCAAGACCCCAGGCCUGCCCAGCUUCCGAGCCCUGGCCUUCCGCCAUGGCCUGGGCCCUGUGGACACUGCCUGGAGUGCUGUGCGCAUUGGCUUGUAUGCCCAGCACCUGAACAACUGGCUGCGCUACUUCCCCCUGUCUCACUUCCUGUUUGUCAGUGGCGAGCGCCUGGUCAGUGACCCUGCUGGGGAAGUCGGCCGCGUGCAGGACUUUCUGGGCCUCAAGCGAGUCGUCACAGAUAAGCACUUCUACUUCAAUGCCACCAAGGGCUUCCCUUGCCUCAAGAAGGCUCAGGGCAGCAGCAGGCCCCGCUGCCUGGGCAAAUCCAAGGGCCGCCCUCACCCCCGUGUGCCGUGGGCCCUGGUCCAGCGCCUGCGGGAUUUCUACCGGCCCUUCAACCGCAAAUUCUAUCAGAUAACUGGCCAGGAUUUUGGCUGGGACUGAGCUCAGAAACUAAUUUAUGUCUGCUUGCCCUGCCAGAGCAGGCUGCAUCCACAUGCUGGGUAAAUAUUUAAGAAAUAAAGUUUGGAUCUGUAUUCUUCCAUGUGACCUUGAGG